GACCGGCUUGCGGGCGGGCCUUCCGUGUGUCGCUGUCGCUGCUUCAGCCGGGCUUCCUCGGCUGCUCUGGGAGCUACGCUGCCGGCGUUGGCGGCGCGAGGGAAGGGAGGGGACCGGCGGGGUGUGUGUGUGCGCUCGCGGGGGGCGCCGCGGUGCUAGCAGUUCCCCUCGCGCGGGGCGGGAGGCCAAGGUGAGCAGCAGUCGGCGAGGCCCUGGACGGCGCCAUGUCGGCGGGCGGCCCAUGCCCGGCAGGAGCCGGCGGCGGCCCAGGGGGCGCCUCCUGCCCCGUGGGGGUCUCCCCUGGCGGGGUGUCCAUGUUCCGGUGGCUUGAGGUGCUGGAGAAGGAGUUCGACAAGGCCUUCGUGGAUGUGGAUCUGCUUCUGGGCGAGAUCGAUCCGGACCAGGCGGACAUCACUUAUGAGGGGCGUCAGAAGAUGACCAGCCUCAGCUCCUGCUUUGCGCAGCUUUGCCACAAAGCCCAGACUGUGUCCCAGAUCAACCACAAGCUUGAGGCACAGUUGGUGGAUCUGCGAUCUGAAUUGACAGAGACUCAAGCAGAGAAAGUUGUCCUGGAGAAAGAAGUCCAUGAGCAGCUUUUACAGCUCCACUCCACUCAGCUUCAGCUUCAUGCCAAAACUGGCCAAAAUGUUGACUCUGGCGCCAUUAAGGCAAAACUGUCUGCCCCCUCUGUGGAGGAUCUGGAAAGAGAACUUGAAGCAAAUAAAACAGAAAAGGUAAAAGAAGCUCGACUUGAAGCAGAAGUGAAGCUACUGCGGAAGGAGAACGAGGCUCUUCGCAGGCACAUAGCUGUUCUCCAGGCUGAAGUGUAUGGGGCGAGGUUGGCGGCCAAGUACUUGGAUAAGGAGCUGGCUGGCAGGGUUCAACAAAUACAAUUACUGGGACGGGAUAUGAAGGGACCUGCUCAUGAUAAGCUCUGGAACCAGUUAGAAGCUGAAAUACAUUUGCAUCGCCACAAAACUGUCAUCCGAGCCUGCAUAGGGCGCAAUGACUUGAAGCGGCCCAUGCAAGCACCCCCAGGCCACGAUCAAGACUCUUUGAAGAAAAGCCAGGGAGUUGGUCCAAUUAGAAAAGUUGUUCUCCUUAAGGAAGAUCAUGAAGGCCUUGGCAUUUCCAUUACAGGUGGGAAGGAGCACGGGGUUCCCAUUCUCAUCUCUGAGAUCCAUCCAGGGCAGCCUGCCGAUCGGUGUGGAGGGCUACAUGUUGGAGAUGCUAUUCUAGCAGUAAAUGGAGUCAACCUAAGAGACACAAAGCAUAAAGAAGCUGUAACCAUACUUUCCCAGCAGAGAGGAGAGAUUGAAUUUGAAGUGGUCUACGUGGCUCCUGAAGUGGAUUCUGAUGAUGAGAAUGUAGAGUAUGAAGACGAGAGUGGACACCGCUAUCGUCUGUACCUUGACGAGUUAGAAGGAGGUGGUAAUUCUGGUGCUAGUUGCAAAGACAGCAGUGGCGAAAUGAAAGUGUUACAAGGGUAUAACAAGAAGACAGUGAGGGAUGCACAUGAGAAUGGGGACGUUGGGGCUGCGGGUGAGAGCCCCCUGGACGACACCGCCGGGAGAGCGGCUCAUCUGCACAGCCUGCAUCAGAAGAAGGCCUACUAAUUCACCCCAGACGCGCUGCUGUGGGACUCUUGGAAUGUGAGGCACUAGAGAAGAUGGUGACAAAGACCGCACAAGAUCAGGGAGGCUGUGUGUUGCCUAGAGAAAGGCGGGAACCUCAGGGCUUCAUGUGAACAAUUCUAAGUGCAUAAACCCCUGCUCUCUGUGGUAUACCUUAAUUAACUAUUGCAUGGAAGGCAAUUUUGAUUUUCCUGGAAUCUAAGCACCAAAGCAUGUGUUUCCCAAAGGGGUAUUACUAGGCUCUUACAGGCCAAGUGGAUGCUACUUCAUUUGGCUCCUUUUCAUGUUUAACAGGACAGUGCUGACUGGAAUUGUCUGAGUACCCUUUAAAUACAGCAGAGUAAAUGAUACCAUGUAUUCCCUAAGGAUAACUGUGGAACUCCAGAUGUAGGGCUUGACUCAGUGAAUUGCAGAAAUCUAGGUUAACAUUUUUGCUUAACUGAAAAUUUGCUUCAGUUUUUUUGUUUUUUUUUUGUUUUUUUUUACAAAGUGUAUUGUACAUUCCUGAUACCUAAAUUAAUUACUAUCUAAAUCAUUAUGAUGAGUUCGCUCUCCAGUUAACUCAAGUGCAGUACAAAAUGGUUUUCUUUAGGCAAUCCUGUAUCAAUCAAUGCUGCUUUAGAAAUAGAUUGGGAAAAGUUACUGUACAUUUGACUUUGGAUUUUUAAAGGAAACACAGACGAGUGAAAAAUGCCUGUUUUCAAUUAUGUUGAUCUGUGUGCAUGGUAUUGGAGCAUUACACCGUCAGUGUUUAGUCCCAAAUGUUAAUUGUCUGGAAUCCACAAAAGACAGUUUUAUACAUUUUUGAGUUGUUCCCAAGCUUUGUCUUGUGAUAGUCAGGAACGUUAGUAUGUCAUGAAAUACAUUGUGUUCAAAUAGCAGUUGGCUUUAAGUACCUGACUUGCCAAUCAUAUAAAAAGCCAGGGGCCAAGGUAGGCAAGGUGAGGUAAAGACAUUUUGGUAGAGUGAGCAUAUUGGUUUUCAUAUCAGUAUAUGUUUGACUGAAGCAAUACUCGUGUGCAGACUCUGUAAACAUAUUAGUUCUCUCGUAUCAGAACUAAGCUCAGAGUGCCUGCCUCCUCCUUUCCUGGCCUAAGACAAUUGCACCCUGCCGGGCAAAGUCAAAAUACUGUGUUUAAAGAGCUGUGAUUUUUGCUAAGUCACUGUUUUAAAGGAUUUACACCUAAGGGAAUCUUAAGUGGGAGAAGCCUACAUAUCUAGGGCUUUUACAAUAUCAGUAUCUUCUUUCUUGGUAUGCUUGUUUUUCCCAGAUGCAUUAUAUAUUUGUUCAAAGUUAAAUCUAUAAAAUGUAUAUACUUUAUUUUGUGAUUUUGCUAUUUAUAAAUUUCCUUUUUAACUGUUGCUCAUUUACGGUCUCUGGGUGGUUUCGUUCUCCAUAGGAUCACCAUGUUAACUGGUAACUAGAAGUGCACUUCGUACGUAUACUGUUACUGAUACCUUGUAGUGUAACAUUGCCUGUAAACAAGGUUAGUAUUUUAAUUGUACAAAUGAAUAAACACGUUACAUAUUACUGUUUGCUCCUGAUAGGCUAGGCCUCUUAAGAGAAGGAUUGUUUUUUUCCUCAUGUAUUCCUUCCAUGCCAAACACAUACCCCAAUGCAUGACUUGAGACCUUCAAAGUAGGUGGUAGCCAGUGUAUUCAUUUAAGGAAAAAAAGAUCCAUGGCAACAGAUCUGAAACCAUGUUGUUGCUCCUAUACCCUUUCAACCUUGCCUGGGAAUGGCCAUGGCUGCUUUCUUUUCCUUUUUCUUCAGAGAUUAUAUGCCUUAUAUCCUAUGACUCAAUCGCUAGGAAAUGCAAGCUAUAACCCUUUGAAUUUCUUAAGAUCUUCACAGCAAAUGUGAAAGCAGAGUUUUAGAAAAUGGACGAGCAUCUUUGUGUGCUGCCUACGAGGGACUGUGUGAGAUGGGUACAGAAUAUCUUUAGAAAGAGUAGUUUGUGGUCCUGCCGGUCCAUCUAUCCAUCUCUGCUGUCUGCUUUGGAAGCAUAGGAGAGCGCAGUGGCCUGAAUGCUGCUCUGAGAGCAUCCUGAUCCUCUCCCAGGCUCACUGGGAGUUCACUUCAGAAUGUGUGCUCCCAAAGCCCUAAGUGAAGAGUCGUUUUUAUAUGUCAGGUUCAUAGGAAAGAUGCCCAUAUAACACUGAAUCUUCUUGAACAAAGCCAAAAAAUGGAGGUGGGGGGGAGCUGUUCAAAGCCAUUACAAUGAAAACGUGUGGAGUGGAACAUGAGAGGUGUGUGUGCUGACAUAGUCACACUUAAUGUGCGAAAUUAAUUUGUCUUCUGCAGGUCUCUGUUCUGAACAUGACGGAAGUGACACAUUUGGGUUAGGGAUUAUUGUUAAAUUAAAUUUAAGAGAGAUGAAGAGCUUGCAAGUCUUUUGAUUAGAAUUAAACAAUUACAAAUAACAACCUGUCCAUGGUGCUGGAAUAGGUCCCCACAGCGAGGGGCUUACGUUGUUUUCAUAUUUUAAAAGAAAAAUAUAUUGAUUCACAUAUAAGGUGAUUUAUGAUAAUUGUAUUAUAUCUAGUUGAGAUUCAUAUUCUUAAUUAGCCUGUAAAUAAAAAUGACAUAUUCUACACUAAAGUGGUAUUGAUUAGAUUUGAAGGAAAAUAAAUGUUUUCUCUUUCGUUCA